AGAAUUCUUGUUCUCCGCAACAUUCGGGCUUAGAAAAUUCCAAAAAAAAAAAAAUCAAAUAAUUCAGAAGAAAAAAAAAAGUGGGAAGAAAAAGAGAGAAGAGAGAGAGAGAAGCAAUGGUGGGUUGAAGGAUUAGCGAAGAUUGAGGAGAAGGGAAUUCUAUAUGGGUGGUGGAGGUACACUCGUUGAUGUCAUUCGUCGAUUCUUCAAUCGUCGCAAUUCUAUUAACUCUCAAUCACUUCAUCAUCACAAUAAUAACAAUGAUUCUAUUCAUUCAAAUAAUCUUAACAAUGCCAACAACAGCCCCUCUUCUUUGAAUCUUCUCAAAGUUCCUAAACGCUUCCGUUUCAAAUCUUCUUCCAUGGAUCGUAACAAAAAGGGUGCAGGAGAGGUAGAAUUUUUUACCGAGUAUGGAGAGGCAAGUCGGUACCAAGUCCAAGAAGUCGUUGGGAAAGGAAGUUACGGUGUUGUGGUUUCUGCCGUGGAAACUAGUACUGGGGAAAAAGUUGCAAUUAAGAAAAUCAACGAUGUUUUUGAGCAUGUAUCGGAUGCCACACGGAUUCUAAGAGAAAUUAAACUCCUUCGUUUGCUACGACAUCCUGAUAUAGUUGAAAUUAAACAUAUAAUGCUUCCUCCUUCACGAAGAGAGUUCAAGGAUGUCUAUGUUGUGUUUGAGUUGAUGGAGUCUGACCUACAUCAAGUCAUUAAGGCAAACGACGAUCUUACUCCUGAGCACUAUCAGUUUUUCUUGUACCAACUUCUUCGGGGCCUAAAAUACACGCAUACCGCUAAUGUGUUUCACCGUGAUUUGAAGCCGAAAAAUAUUCUAGCUAAUGCUGAUUGCAAACUAAAAAUAUGUGAUUUUGGGCUUGCUCGAGUUUCAUUUAAUGAUGCUCCAUCAGCUAUAUUCUGGACUGACUAUGUUGCGACUCGGUGGUAUCGUGCACCUGAACUUUGUGGUUCUUUUUUCUCAAAAUAUACUCCAGCAAUUGAUAUUUGGAGCAUUGGAUGCAUAUUUGCAGAAAUGCUUAGCGGCAAGCCAUUGUUUCCUGGGAAAAAUGUGGUGCAUCAAUUGGAUCUCAUGACGGAUUUGCUUGGUACUCCUCCUGCUGAAUCCAUUUCGAGGAUUCGAAAUGAGAAGGCUAGAAGGUACCUUGGUAGCAUGCGAAAAAAGCAACCAGUUCCAUUCUCCAAAAAAUUUCCAAAUGUAGAUCCGCUGGCUCUUAAUUUGCUGGAGCGUUUACUUGCAUUUGAUCCUAAAGAUCGCCCAACUGCUGAAGAGGCGCUAUCUGAUCCUUACUUUCACGGUUUAUCAAAUGUGGACCGUGAACCGUCCACUCAACCAAUUUCAAAACUAGAAUUUGAAUUCGAGAGAAGAAAAUUGGCCAAAGAUGAUGUUAGAGAGCUGAUAUAUCGAGAGAUUUUAGAGUAUCAUCCCCAGAUGCUCCAAGAAUAUCUUAGUGGCGGAGAGCAAACAAGUUUCAUGUAUCCAAGUGGGGUUGAUCGGUUCAAGCGACAGUUUGCACAUCUCGAGGAUAAUUACGGGAAAGGUGAACGAGGCUCUCCAUUGCUGAGACAGCAUGCCUCGUUACCUAGAGAGCGGGUUCCUGCUCCAAAAGAUGAAAAUAAUCAUAAUAAUGAUUGUGAAAAGCCAUCCGGAACAAAUCUUCAUAGCCCUUCAGGUGCAACAAAUUCCGGUGACUCGGAUGCACAAAACGGACCGUCAAGCAUGACACGAUGUCUGCUAAAGAGUGCUAGCAUUAGCGGUUCAAAAUGUAUAGAUGUCAAACAAAGUAAAGAUCCCAAGGAGGAGACAAUUCCAGAGGACAAUGAUGAAGCGGUGGACGAGUUGUCGGAGAAGGUUGCUGCUCUCCUUGUUUAGUUCAAGCUUUCAUAGAGAUUGUAAAAACCUACUAAGUCAAUCCUAUAGUUCUUUUUUGAAGGAAGCAAAAAAUAGAUGUUGCAUACAAUUUUUUCUUUGUAGAAUAUAAAUGUAGGACUGCAUUGUUAUAUGCUACCAUUUGUAUCAUUCUACAAAAGUCAUGUAAGUAUUUGUAUUUUGUGUAAUAGUAGUCAUUACUACACUACAAUGUAUAUUACUAAAUUUUCUUCUUAAACCUCAAGCAGGGAUGUCCCUAGCUGCAAAUAUUACUGGAAAAUCUUGCUCUGGAUCUUAAACAA